ACCCCGCAGCCUUACCCCGAGCCCACUGAGCAGAGGGCGCCGGGCGCUUGUAGCCGGCGCGCCCGGAUCCGCCCGCUGGUCCCGCGUGCCUCGCCCAAAGCUGCGCGCUCUGCAGACCCCUGUCCUCCCCGUCUUUCUCCACUUCCCCUCCAUCUCACCUUCCUUGCUUUUAUUGCUUUCCCUUCUAGCCGCACCUUCCUCCAUCUCUCCAUCUCUCUCUCUCCUCUUCCCUUGUUCUCUUUCCACCUUCCUCUUAUUCCCACCUUGGACCUCCCUUUCUGUCCUCACCACCUACUCCACCCUUCUCUGACUCUCCAGUAUAGAGGCAGCCCUCCCUGGGUCUGCAGGCUGCUUUGUGCCCCAGUGCCUCAGUGUCUUCAUCUCACUUUCUCCCGACGCCCCUCCUGGCUCAGCGCCUGGCGGCCUGGCCCUGGGGGAAGGAAGGAUGGUUCCCGAGGUAAGGGUCCUCUCCUCCUUGCUGGGACUCGCGCUACUCUGGUUCCCCUUGGACUCCCACGCUCGAGCCCGUCCAGACAUGUUCUGCCUUUUCCAUGGGAAAAGAUACGCCCCCGGUGAGAGCUGGCACCCCUACCUGGAGCCACAGGGCUUGAUGUACUGCCUGCGCUGUACCUGUUCUGAGAGUGCCCAUGUGAGCUGUUACCGCCUCCACUGCCCACCUGUCCACUGUCCCCAGCCUGUGACCGAGCCACAGCAGUGCUGUCCCCGGUGUGUGGAACCUCACACCCCCUCUGGGCUCCGGGCCCCCCCAAAGUACUGCCAGCACAAUGGGACCAUGUACCAACACGGAGAGAUCUUCAGUGCCCACGAGCUGCUCCCAGCCCGCCUGCCCAACCAGUGUGUCCUCUGCAGCUGUACUGAAGGCCAGAUCUACUGCGGUCUCAUGACCUGCCCAGAACCAGGCUGCCCUGCACCUCUACCACUGCCUGCCUCCUGUUGCCAGACCUGCAAAGAUGGGUCAGGUGAGAAAUCAGCUGAAGAGGACACUACGCAGUCACAGCAUGGGGUGAGACAUUCCCAGGAUCCGUGUUCGGGGGACAGUGGGGGAAAGAAAGGCCUGGGCACCCCAGCCCCCACUGGUCUCAGCUCUCCUCUGGGCUUCAUCUCUCGCCACUUCCGACCGAAGGGGGCAGGCAGCACAACAGUCAAGAUUGUCCUGAAGGAGAAACAUAAGAAAGCCUGUGUGCACAGUGGGAAGACAUACUCCCAUGGGGAGGUGUGGCACCCAGCUUUCCGCUCCUUUGGACCCCUGCCCUGCAUCUUGUGCACCUGUCAGGAUGGCCGCCAGGACUGCCAGCGGGUGACCUGUCCCACGGAGUACCCCUGCCAUCGCCCUGAGAAAGUGGCCGGGAAGUGUUGCAAGAUUUGCCCAGAGAACAAGGCAGACCCUGGCCCCAGUGACAUCAGUGCCACCAGGUGUCCGAAGGUGCCAGGCCAUGUCCUCGUCCACACAUCAAUAGCUCCAAGCCCAGACAACCUACAUCGUUUUGCCCUCGAGCAUGAGGCCUCUGAGCAGGUGGAGAUCUACCUCUGGAAGCUGGUAAAAGAUGAGGAAACUGAGGCUCAGAGAGGUGAAGUACCUGGCCCAAGGCCACACAGCCAGAAUCUUCCACUUGAUUCAGAUCAAGAAAGUCAGGAAGCAAGACUUCCAGAAAGAGGCACAGAACUUCCGGCUCCUCACUGGCACCCAUGAAGGUCACUGGAAUGUUUUCCUAGCCCAGACCCCGGAGCUGAAGGUCACAGCCAGUCCAGACAAAGCAACCAAGACCUUAUAACAAAGACGUAAACAGUUGCAGAUAUGAGCUUUAUCAUUUUUGUUGUUAUAUAUUAAUAAAUGAUAAGUUGCAUUACCCCUCAA